AUAUCGGCGCUGUACGAGCCGACACAUAGGAAAGUUGUCACAUCAUUGCAAGGAUCAUUCAGAGGCAUUCCAAUGAUGUCAUUAAAGCCGCGGAACGUCGACUUCCAGGAGACGUGGGCCAACCUUAAGGAAACGGUGGCGGGGGUAGUAGGCCUGCGCUCUGUGGAGCGGUCAGUGUGGAACACACGGUUUUCGGACGUGUACGCUUUGUGCGUUGCGCAUCCAGAGCCAUUGGCUGAUCGUCUCUACGAUGAAACCAGAAACUUCCUUGAAGAGCACGUGUCAGGGCUGCUACAACGCGUGCGCGGCACUGCGCCGCUUGAAAACAACGACCACAAUGACGGUUUGCUCAACAGAUAUGUGGCAGCAUGGCGCGAAUACAGCCAAGGCGUGGCGUACCUUAACUGUCUAUAUUCCUACCUCAAUUUACAGCACGUCAAAAGACAAAAGGUGUCAGAUGCAGAAAUUAUAUAUGGGUCCGCGGCCACCGUCAGCUGUCCCGAACACGAUUCACGACAACUCGAGGUGGGCGAGCUGGGCCUGGUGAUCUGGGAGCGCGUGCUGGUGCAGCCGCUGGCCGGCGCGCUGUCGGGCCGCGUGGUGGCGGCGCUGGGCGCGGCGCGGACGCACUUCCCCGACGCCGCCAUGGCCGACGUGCUGCGCAUGGCCAUCGGCAGCACGGUGCAGGUGCAAGCCUUCCGGGUCCGGUCCCCACUUGCUUUGUAUCAAGAACUGGUUUUGGAACCAUACCUAGCAGCGGCAGCCCAGCACCACGCUGCCUUCGCAGCGGAGUUACUCCAUUCGGGUGACAUUAGUCAUUAUAUGACGCAUGUGUUGGCAGGGCUGGAGCGCGAGAUGGCGCUGGGCGCGCGCUUCCUGCACGGCGCGUCGGCCUUUGCCGUGCGCGGCUGCUACGAGCGCGCCGCCGUGGCCGCGCACCUGCCGCGCCUGCACGCCGAGACCGAGCGCCUGCUGCGCGAGGCCUGCGACGACGGGCCGCACGCCGACCAGGCCUGCAGCCUGGUGGUGAACUCGCGGCCCCACCCGGAGCAGCCGGCGCGCGCGCCCGAACUGCUCGCGCGCUACUGCGACUGCCUGCUGCGCAAGCGCAGCGGCAGCGCCGAGGCCGACGUCGACGACAAGCUGGCCGCCGCCAUAGUGGUGUUUAAGUACGUAGAUGACAAAGACGUGUUCCAAAAGUAUUACGCGAGGGCGUUGGCUCGAAGACUUAUUCAUCAACUAUCGGCGUCCAUGGAACAGGAAGAAGCAAUGAUAAAUCGUCUAAAGCAAGCGUGCGGCUACGAGUUCACCAAUAAACUACAUCGUAUGUUCACCGACGUCGCAGUGUCGGCGGACCUUAACGCCAAAUUUCAACAACACCUCAGGGACACCGGCAACACCACUAGCACCGGCUUUGCCGUACAGGUGCUGCAGGCGGGCGCGUGGCCCCUGGGCGGCGCCAUGGCCCCCCUGGCGCCGCCCGCGCAGCUGGAGAGGCCCGCGCGGCUGUUCGAGGCCUUCUACCGGGCCUCGUUCAGCGGCCGGCGCCUGGCCUGGCUGCACCACCUCUGCACCGGCGAGCUGCGCACGCGCUACACCAGCCGGGUGUACCACAUCAGCGCCACCACGCCGCAGUGCGCUCUCUUGCUGUGCUUCGAGAACGUGGACACUGCGCCGGCGCGGGAGCUCCGCGAGACGCUGCAGCUCACUGGGGACUCCUGGACCAGACAUAUGAGGCCUCUCAUAGACGCGGGCCUCCUGACGGCGGAGGGCGAAGUGGAGGAAGAGGACGGAGAGGGCACCCUGUCCUUGAAUCUCAGUUUCAUAUGCAAACGAACGAAAGUACGGCUAACGUGCGCCAACGCGCCGGCGACCCAGCAGGGCGGCGGCGCGGCGGGCGGCGCGGAGGGCGGCGAGGCCGCGCACUGCGACGACGACCGCAAGAUGUACCUGCAGGCCGCGCUCGUGCGCAUCAUGAAGCAGCGGAAGGUCCUUCGCCACACCGAAUUAAUUCAAGAAGUAGUAUCACAAGCGCGGGGUAGUUUCGCCCCUUCCGUCGCGAUGAUCAAGAAAUGCAUCGAGGCGCUGAUCGACAAGCAAUACUUAGAGCGGGCACCGGGGUCGCUCGAUACGUACAGUUAUUUAGCGUAGAACUUGCUUAGGACUUUAGUGUUGCACCUUUAUCGAUUGAAAACGGUCGCAAUAUCAAUAGAAAUGUCAAUAAUAAAGGCUACAUAUAUAGUUAAUAAUUAUUGGGAAAAUUCCUUGAAUAUUUCCACAUGCUGUUGCUGCGUCGGUAAGUUAUCGUAUUAAUUGAGGCUGUCAGGGCAAAAGUGGUGUA